AUGAACUCCUCCCGUCCUCCUACUCCUUUACCGCGGAUCUCCUCCGCUCCACCCUCCUCCAACAGCACCUCCUCCCUCCCGCCCUCUACGCCCUACCUCAACGUGGCGUACGUGGCGGCCGAGGUCGCCAUCGCCUUGCUCUCCGUGGCCGGCAACCUGCUGGUCUGCGCCGCCGUGGGCCUCGAGCGCAGGCUGCGCACCGUCACCAACUACUUCCUGGUCUCGCUCGCGGCCGCCGACGUCUGCGUGGGCGCGGUCGCCAUUCCCUGCGCCGUACUGACGGACAUCGGGCUGCCGCGCCACAACCUCUACCUGUGCCUGCUCAUGCUGAGCGUUUUGAUCAUGUUCACCCAGAGCUCCAUCUUCAGCUUGCUGGCGGUGGCCGUGGAGCGCUACGUGGCGAUAUUCAUGCCCCUCCGCUACGGGGCGGUCAUGACGCCUCGCAACGCGGCGCUGGUGAUCCUGGCCACGUGGCUGCUGGCCUUCCUCAUCGGGCUCGUGCCUCUGAUGGGCUGGCACAAGACGCCAGCCGGCGCCGGCUCCUGUUUCUUCGUGGCGGUGGUGGACAUGACCUACAUGGUCUAUUUCAACUUCUUUGCGUGCGUGCUGACGCCGUUGGUGAUCAUGUUCCUCAUCUACGCCAAAAUCUUCGUGGCGGUCAAGCGGCAGGUGAGGCGCAUCGCUUCGGAGCGCGGGGAGGGGCGGGCGAGGGCGGCGGCCGGCUUGCGCCGAGAGGUGAAGACCGCCGCCUCGCUCUUCCUGGUGCUCUUCCUCUUCGCCGGCUGUUGGAUCCCCCUCCACGUGAUCAACUGCUUCCUGCUUCUCUGCCCGCACUGCCCCGUGCCGCUGGAGCUGCUGCUCACCGCCAUCCUCCUGUCGCACGCCAACUCGGCCGUCAACCCCUUCCUGUACGCGUACACCAUGGCGGCUUACAGAGACGCCUUCAGGGCGAUUUUCAUGCGCUGCCGGAGGGGCGGCGGGGCUUUAAGCGCACCCGGCGGCGAUGGCGGUUAGGGGGGGGGCAAACACACGGGGCGUGGCCCGCCUGCGAGAAAAUAUUUU